UUCCCUCGGGUGAACAGCGGGGCCACUACGCAGCCAGACUGCGGACCGUCAGGAUUCAGGUCCAAGUUUUCGCGCCGAGCUCUGACCGCGCAACGUGCACACCACGCUGCCAGGCGACACGAGGACCCGACGAGCAGAUCCAGCGGCAACGACCGACGUCGAUCGAUCACCCCCUCUGGAUCGCUGCUAUUAGACGGCGUUGGUGGUUCGCGUGCAUCGAUCGAAAUCUGAUUUCAACCAAGGAGGGAUUCUACCACUGUGGACGAUACGGCACGGAACGUCCUUCGUCCGCGCGACGAGGCGCGAGGCGUGAAGGACCUCGGGCGAGUACGAAGGAAGUUGGUGAUUACGGUUGCCGGUGAUCAGCGUAGUGCGCGCGUUUCGAGAGUGAUCAGGGAAUCAGAGCGUAGAGGUGCGUGCGCCGACCCCUUCAGUCGGCACGUGGACGCGCCGAAGAAAACGUGCAUAGACUCACGCCGCUGUUCCAUUCCUGACUGUAUUAUUUUAGUGAACGCUGCCGGCACGAGGUGACGUUUAAGUGAAAUAAGUACGCGGCCCGUCUGACCGUUACGUGCACAAACCACUGUGCUCCGUGCGACCAGAUGACUAGAGUGUAUCGACAUCGUAGAUCGACCGUUCGGAGGGACAAUCUUCUCUGACUGUGAAUCGUGACUGUGUUCGUACACCGUUGAAGACGUACACUGUCGCGAGGGACCACGUGCGGGAGGCGUUAAAACGUGGCAGGUGCUACGGACAGGUGGUGGGCCCGUUUAAUCGCACGGCAAUAAACGUAAGACACUGCGCUGUAAGAUUGAUCAACGUGAUUCGAGAAACCGACGAACGGUUCGCGCGCGUAUGUGUCCCUACGUGUGUGUGCGGGAGUGUUCGCGCAAUCAGAAGGAGCGCGCGUCGUUUCAUCGUCGUACUAACGAUUCGGCUUGGCGACACAGUAAUAAGUGACAAUACAAGGACUCGGACACUAAUAAACUCCUAAUUAUCGCCGACGGUAAUUACGACGCUGCACGUGACUACGGUUCUGUUCCUCGUCGAAGGAAUUGCGCACGAUAAGCAUGCUGAACGCGCACACCGCUAACAAAUAGAAUAAUUAAAAUCGCAUUAAAGGGAAGCUCGCCCGCGCGAUUUCUGCUCAUUCGUACACGCUAUCUCGAAAGUGAACAAACACCGAGGCGACGUGGUUCCGAGUUACAAAUCGACCAGUUCUUCCCGUUUAAACAUCUCAAAGUGCUACGCGUUCGUAAAAAAAAAAUUCGUUCGGAUUCUCUCCUCAUCCGUUCCGGGUGGUGAGGAACGAUCCAGGAAUCGAGCGAGCAAUUAACUGUUUGCUUCUUAAUCGCUCCUAAUUACUCGCAAUUACCCGGCGUAAUUAAGUAGGCUGAUGUCACCGGCAGUCAAUGUAUUUGUGAAUCGUUUGUCCGUCGACGUCGUCGGUCCACCAUCCGGACUGUUGCCCGUCGUCGCUGCCCGUUGGAAAAUCGCGGAGGGACUGUGAGGAGAUCGGCGGGAGGAAGGUGUCCGAAGAACGGGAAAUAUCGGUGGAAUCGUUGUGAGGACACGGACGAAAGAAUUGAUCUGGACUGUGGCGAAAUCGCGAACAGUUUACCCGGUUUCGGGCAGGUGGCAUCGUGCUGAAUAAGUAAAGGAACGAGUCGAGAGAACAUACGUCAGGACGACGUCCCACGUACAUCAGUCACAGGUCGCCUCUGAUUACGAGUCCCCGGGAUGCAAGGCUGACAUGGCAGAGGGUUCAGCCGAGGAGGAACAGAGCAGUACCGCUGCGCCCGCUUCCCCGCCAGCUGAUCUUCGCACUCUGAACACCCAAUUGUCGCCGCCUUAUCACCACCAGUCCCAUCUCCAGCCUCGUCUUCAGCAUCUGCAGCAUCCCAACAUGUUGGCGACCGCGGUGCCGCCUAGGCACAGCCACAGCAUGCUGUCUGAUCAGGUGAAAACGGAAGCUGAGUUGGACGCGCCAUGCGAUGUGCCAUUGAAUCUGAAGAGCGAGCGUUGGUGGGCGGAUUUACCAGCACGACCGGCGUCGGCAGCAUCCACCGAAAGUGACAGAAGUAGCAUCGGUAGCCCUGAACCAGGAGCGGUCACCACAGGCUCGCUCCAUGAACAUCAGAUGAUGAUGGAGGAGAUAAAGAACGCGCGGAAGAACAGUCCGUCCCCUGAGAACCUGGCGAAACGAGCGAAAGUGGCGCAUCUAAAUGGGAUGGCGAGUAUGGUGACUCUACAGAAUCUUCAAAAUCUGGCGAGUUUACAAAGUCUACCGCAAGUUGCGUCAUUGGCCGCGGGUCUCCAGGGAAUGACAGCGGGAUUGACUAACAAUCAGCUCAUCAACACGCCCCUGAAUCUUACUGUCAGCUCCUCUGGUGGUACGGUGCCGACAGCUUCGAGCACGACAGCUGGAUCGCAUCUUCUUCCACCGAGUUCGACGCCAAUGGCAACAUUACCUCAGCUAUUAUCUCAGCCGCAACCGGUCGCGAUGCCUCAAUUCAUCCUAACGUCUGGUCAAUUGGUUCAAGGCAUUCAAGGGGCUCAACUUCUUAUACCUACAUCGCAAGGAAUCGCUACGCAAACUAUCCUGACCAUCCCCGUGAGCCACGUCACGAAUAAUCAGAUGGUGAACUUGGCGUUGAGCAACGGCCAGGUGGUGUCUACGACCCUGGCGAACCUUCAGUCGAUCGCACAGCCACAGAACAUGAUGACCACGCCGACCAGUAAUGGUGACUUCACAGUUCCAACAAGUCCCAGCUUAGCGCCCGGAUUAGGGCUAAAUCCCGCCGCCUUGCCACACCUUCUGAGCAACAGCUCGGCCGGGCAACAACUUCUGAACGCGAUGCAGCCUCAGCAACUGCUUCAGGCGGCGCAGGCUGCCCAAGCUCAGGCACAAGUAGCGCAGGCAGCACAGGCAGCGCAGGCGGCGCAGGCGGCGCAAGCGGCGCAGGUGGUCCAAGCCGCACAGGCUUCUCAGCAACCGCUUUUGACGACGUCGCCACAGCAACACGGCCACAGGCACAGUUCUCACAUGAACCCUUACCCGCUCGCAGAGAAACAUCACAGGGAGAUGCCCGAGCAAUCGACGCUUUUGAACGAGUCCGUGGUGUCCGCGGCCUCGGCAUUGAAUAGACUGGCGGCCAGCAACGGGGAAAUCACGAUCACGACCACGCACGGACCGAGCGGAGCCGGUGUGAAGGCCUCGCCGAGUAGCAUGCUCAAUCCUAAGAAGGAAGAAGAAGAUUUGAACGAUUCACCCAAUCAGCCGACUAUCAACGAGGCCACGAACAACGUAAUCGACGGGGUGAAUCUGGACGAGAUCAAGGAGUUCGCGAAGGUGUUUAAGUUCCGUAGAUUGUCGUUGGGUCUCACGCAGACUCAGGUCGGACAGGCCCUAAGCGUGACAGAGGGGCCAGCUUACAGCCAAAGUGCCAUAUGCAGUGCCCUGGCUACCCAGAUGUACGCCUCGCAGAUUGCCUCUCAGCAGCAAGCUACAUUCGAAAAGUUGGACAUCACGCCAAAGAGCGCGCAAAAGAUAAAACCGGUCCUUGAGAGGUGGAUGAAAGAGGCUGAAGAGAGGCACAAAAGCGGAUUGCACCAGUUAACGGAUUUUGGGCUGGAGACAAGCAAGAAACGAAAGCGGCGAACAUCGUUUACCCCACAGGCUGUAGAAUUUUUAAAAAAUUAUUUCGUCAAGAAAACUCAUCCUAAUAGUAAAGAAAUUUCGGAUUUAGCGCAGAGCCUUGGCUAUGACCGCGAGGUGAUCAGGAUUUGGUUCUGCAACAGGAGGCAAUUCUUGAAGAACUUGAAACUGAAGAACAGUGGGUAAAAGUGAUUGGAGGAGAUCGAACAUUGCGUAUCGAAACGAUAAUUCAAUUCAGUGAACUAGAAUGAAAAAACGAAGCUUUAAGGACUCGAGUUUACGUCGCAUCGUACGAGAUUCGGACGGCGGCAUCCCCCAUUCGUCGAACGCUUUCCAGGAGGACCGGCGACAAAUCGAUGAAUCACGAAUUUCAACUCAGAACAUGAACAAGCAUAAGGGAUUGCCGAAUCUCACACAGUGCGUCGCGUUAAAUAAAACAUUAUAUACACUUUCGACAAAUCAGCGCGUUCGAGGUAAAGCGUUUCGUACGGAGGAUUCACGCGCUCCGUGAAUUUCCCUGCGUGCGUACGCUCGGCGCGCACGGUGUAAAGAUCAUUGUGAUUGCAGGCGUAUACGAGACCUAUAUAUCUGUAAAUAGUUUUACUCUACGACUAAUGUGAUGUACAGGAGUCGAGCGUUUGACUUUGAUAAUUGCCUUAACUACAUCGUCUUAUCCAAUAAUUUAUUAAGUCGUUAAGCGAAGAAAGAGGCGGAACGAAGCGACGGUCAAUGCGGUAGUUUAUUGGUAUCUGAUAAACGAGCCGCAGGUCCUGAAGAAGGAAAGACGAGACAAAAAUGAAAUUUAUUCGAUUAGAUCGGACUGAAGUAUCGUUUGUCGCGGGACAGUAACACGAUAAGGCGUAAAUCAAAUAACAAUUAUCAAGUCGCAUCUCGGCUCGUGAAAAGCUAGGAUAAGUACGAUACCUAAUUCCUUUAAGUAAUCGCACAGAUAAAUGCUAGUUCAAUGUAACGAUCGAGAAAGCUUUUAGCUACCGAGAAUCGUCUGUCGUUGAAGAGCCAACAGACGGAGCACAAAGCGGUGCUCGCACAACGAAUACGUUCGCCGUGAGAUCGUUCCUUUUUUUAUGGGUUGAACUAUUCGUUGUGCGAGGCCGCGUCGAGAACUAAAUAAACGAAAAUACGGAUCAGCCGUUUGGUCCACUAGCACGCAGGAAGGAACAUAGUUGAAGCAACGAGAAGAAUCGACAGCGACGACAACCGUAACUACAAUAAUACCGUCACUUUCACAUAAUAUGCCAUACGCAACGGGAUACAUAUUCAGUUGUACACACAGGAAAUAGCAACGGAACAAGUUUUAAACAGUACCAGUAGCCGCUAUCGUUUAUGACGAUGAUCCAUCCAUCCAACUUCUUUUAUUUUACAUUCUUACCGGUGAAACAAUCAUUCGAUUACAGGCUUCGUAUAAAAGAAAAGAAAGACAAUGUUUCAACCAUAUUGUUCUCUGGGUGUGCUCGUCUGUAAAUUUGUACGCGUGUAUUUAGAAAAUCGAUCAAAAGUUGAGAAGAAAAAAAAAAAAUGAGGCAAAAGUGAAACAUACGCGUAUGCGAAGGAAAUGGCGUUUGAAGAAAGAACUUUGUAGCGAGUAAAUUAAUGCAAUAACGUCUUUUUGAAAGUAUAUUAUCCGAUCGAUCGUAAGGAUCCUCCUGAUGCCCUCUUCGAUGAAAAUUCUAUCAAAAAAAAAAAAGAAGAAAAACCGGAAACGAGAAGAAACGUUGAAGGUUGUUUGUCUCCCCGCAGAGUAAAACGUGAAAGAAAAGUACUAGUCCGUAAUCAGCCAUAUAAAGAAGUAUACGUAUUAAACAUUUACGCAUCUUUCGUUCCUAAAUGUUCGAUCCGCUUGGCCGCUAAUCGUAUCGAUAUAUUUAUAUUCGCUACGCGUUCCCGUCCAGCUAUCUCUGAUCGCGGAAAAUCUGCAACCGAAUUGACCUGGAGGACACUCAAUUCUUCCUUUAGCUAGAGAGUAAAAGACGUAAAGGAAAUCGAGAUUUCAUAUGUGUACUUCUACUUGCAACAGAGAUUGAAUUUAAUAAGAUGAACAAACCGACGACGUAGCAAAGAUGCAAUUUCUGUUCUCGAUUCCUACAAAACGAUCAACAGGCUGUCCGACAACUUAUACGUUUGCAUUUUCAUUCCGAAGAGAGUCGCGUUAACUUUCAGAGGGUAGCAUUAUAAAUGUCGACUAACGAAGGGUGACACUGUACAAAUUACAUACAUGAUGACGAAUGCGUGCAGAACAUACGCUACACACAUAUAUAUCUAUGUAUAUAUACAUACAUAUUAUAUAUUGCAUUAUAUAUCAUGUAUACGUAUAUAUAACAUGAACAUGCAACGUGCACGUAGGUACCAAUUCGGUUGCAAAUUUUUCGUCGUUUUAACCGCCGUUAAGCGACGUUAGUCGUUAAAGUCGAAACGUGCGGGAGGGGAAUAUUUCUGUGACGAUAACGGGACGCGAAAAAGACCAUAGGUUUCCAAUUUUCCACGGACGAAUCUUCGUGUUUACGCAUCCAGAGGAACGGUUCGUUGGUCAAAAAAGGAAAAGAAAUGAAAAAGAAUAAAUAGGAGGAAAGAAGGAAAUAAUGGAAGGAGCGAAGGUAAAUAAAAAUAAAAUAAAUUAUAAUACCCGCAUUACAAGAAGCUUAAAUAUCGAGCAUUUGCGUGAGGAUAAAACUAUCGCAUGUACUCCCCGGUUAAUCGAUAGUGAUACAUAAUAAUGUAGUGUGUUUACGUUUCGGAAUGUGUUCCGCUUCGGGUGAGAGGCUCUCUUUCUUUCGUCUUAAACCUAAUUAAGCCGAAGCCAGGAUAUAAUCGUUUUUUGAUAAAUAAUUAAAAAAGGUAUCGCAGAGUUACGUAUGUAGAAGACCGGACGGUAGACAGUUUAUUAACUAUUCCGACGAUUUUUCCUUCCUUGCCGUAAUAAACGAUACUGUAGGCGAAACUAAACCCACAUCCCAAGAUAAUGGUACGACGUACGACACGAUUUCUUAAUAUCUUUCAGCUCGAGUGUAAUUAAAAGGAAAAUGCAUGACAUACCUACAUACACACACACACACAUACGCGUCUGCGCGUACAGGAACAGGAGGAAGAAACGAUACCACGAAUACAAAUACACGCAUACGAGCAUAUGUCCAUACAAACACGCGCACACACACACACAUUUACCCUGCCGUUGUAAUGGGUUAACUCAGUACGAUUAAUUAUUAAAAUCGCAAGAUCCUUGGAAGAAGCGUAGCUAGGAGCGUGUGUACAUAUUUAAAAGGAACACCUAGAGACUGUAAUAUUGUAACUAUCUAAAAAUAAUCGUGAUAUAGCUAUAAAAUGGCUAUAACGACGAUGACUGCGACCAGUACGAACGACGACGACCGAACGACGAUUUAAUAGACUAAACGGAAAAGCAAAUUUACACGUUAUGGAUAAAUAGAAAACGAAGAAAAAUAAUGGGAUACAAAACAAAGCGGAGAAGGGAGAUGAAAUAAAUUUCUAUGGAUAAACCGCGUUACGUUUAAGGUAUAUUUUACUCUCUAGGAUACAAUUAAAAAUACGAGCAAAACGAUCUGUUCCUAAAACGAAACACAGAGACGAGGUAAAGGGGAAGAGAGAAGGAGACACGGAAAGUGAAAGGCAGGACGAGAAUAAAAAAUGGGAUAGUAGGGUGAAAGAGACAGGGAACUGUAGUAUACGGGACGGUGUAGGGUGUAGAGGGUAGGUGUAAAAAGGGAGGAUUCAAAAUUCAAAAUUUUGAUCGGGGUAAAGAUUGGGGGUGUGCGUGUUGUUCCUUUUGACAAAGGAGCGAAGCAGGAGUGGGGAAAACAAAGAAAGAGAGAGUGACGAAUUAAAAUGUUUGUACAGAGAUAUUCCGGUUAUUAAAUUUUGUUAUACGAGGUUAGAAAAAAGGAAAAAUGGGGGAGAGUGGCAUAAUGGAUGUUGACGAGAGAAUACGUGAAAAAAAAAAAA